CUCUGCUAUAGAUGCCUCCCAUUCCACCACCGCUCGGCCCAGCCUGGCUUCUCCUAUCCCGGCACUGGGGAGGUUACUAGGCCCGACCCUGCCAGAGCCGCGGCCAUGGACCCGGCGGAUCCGGCCUGCCCUGGCCCAGCUCAGCACCUGAUUUCGGCAAGGUGACCAUUCUGGCUGCGUGCGUGAGUGUGCCAGCCUGGGUGAGGAGGCAGAGACAGCCUGCCGGGGCUUCUCUCACUUAUCCCCAGGGCCUGAUGUCGGAGGCCAUGGACCAGUCGGCCGGGAGCCCUGGAAACCUGAACCCAGGAGAAGGUGGUGAUGGCAGCACGGAGCCGGGCACCUGCCAGGAACUCCUGCACCGGCUGCGGGAGCUGGAGGCAGAGAACUCAGCACUCGCCCAAGCCAACGAAAAUCAGCGGGAGACCUACGAGCGCUGUCUGGACGAGGUUGCCAACCACGUGGUGCAGGCACUGCUAAACCAAAAGGACCUGCGAGAGGAGUGCAUCAAGCUGAAGAAGAGGGUGUUUGACCUGGAACGGCAGAACCAGAUGCUGAGCGCCCUGUUUCAGCAGAAGCUCCAGCUGACAGCAGGCUCCCUCCCUCAGAUCCCACUCGCCCCACUCCAGCCGCCUUCAGAGCCACCGGCCUCGCCCUCCCUGAGCUCCGCCGAGGGACCAGCCACCUCGCUGCCUCUGGGGCGCUGCGCUGGGCAGAGAGAGGUGUGUUGGGAGCAGCAACUGCGGUCAGGAGGCCCAGGACCCCCAGCCACACCACCCCCAGCGCUGGAUGCCCUCUCCCCAUUCCUUCGAAAGAAAGCGCAGAUCCUGGAGGUGCUGAGAGCCCUGGAAGAGACGGACCCCUUGCUUCUGUGCUCACCUGCUACCCCCUGGCAGCCUCCAGGCGAGGGUCCUGGCUCCCCGGAGCCCAUCAAUGGCGAGCUGUGUGGCCCGCCUCAGCCUGAACCUUCUCCCUGGGCCCCCUACCUGCUACUAGGUCCUGGUAGCCUGGGAGGCCUGCUGCACUGGGAGCGCCUCUUAGGGGGCCCAGGGGAGGAGGAGGGUGCUGGGCGGCCCUGGGGCCCUGGUAGGGGCUCCCCACAGGCCCAGGGCACUGGUUCUGGGCCGCCCUGUGUGCCAGGCAGUAGCUCUUCCUCCUCUUCUGAUGAGGCCGGUGACCCCAAUGAGGCCCCCAGCCCGGACACCCUGCUAGGGGCCCUGGCCCGCAAGCAGUUGAACCUGGGCCAGCUCCUUGAAGAUACAGAGUCUUACCUACAGGCCUUUUUGGCCGGGGCUGCUUGCCCUCUCAGCGGGGACCACCCGGGUCCCAGGCAGCCAUCCUCCCCAGACCAGGGGCCCCCACAACUGUCCAAGUCCAAAGGCCUCCCCAAGUCAGCUUGGGUUGGGGGUACCCCAGAGGCCCACAGGCCGGGCUUUGGUGCUACCUCAGAGGGCCAGGGGUCCCUCCCCUUCCUCAGCAUGUUCAUGGGUGCAGGGGACACCCCCCUGGGCUCACGGCCUGGCCACCCCCACUCUUCAUCUCAGGUGAAAAGCAAGCUCCAAAUUGGCCCCCCUUCUCCUGGGGAAGCCCAAGGACCCCUUCUGCCCUCUCCAGCUAGAGGUCUCAAGUUUCUAAAGCUGCCUCCAGCCUCAGAGAAGGUCCCCAGCCCAGGAGGCCCCCAGCUCAGCCCCCAGCUCCCCCGAAAUUCCCGAAUACCCUGUCGGAACAGUGGCUCAGACGGCAGCCCCUCCCCACUGCUGGCCCGCAGGGGUCUGGGCGGAGGAGAGCUGUCCCCAGAGGGGGCACAGGGCCUGCCCACCAGCCCUUCACCCUGCUCCACGACCCCUGACUCUGCACAGCUCAGACCUCCCCAGCCAGCCUUGUCCGCUACGCUUUCCCCAGGACCCACAGUGUCUCCUUGCUACGAGAACAUUCUGGACCUUUCCCGGAACACCUUUAGGGGGCCUUCCCCAGAGCCACCUCCAUCUCCUCUGCAGGUGCCCACCUACCCACAACUAACUCUGGAGGUGCCACGGGUCCCUGAGGUCCUCAGAAGCCCUGGCAUCCCCUCCAGCCCUUGCCACCCAGAAUCCUGCCCCUAUGAGGGCACCCAGGAGAAGAGUUCGGACAAGGCAGGCUCCGAGUCUCCCCAUCCUGGCCGCAGGGCCCCAGGCAGCUCGUCCAAGAAGCCCAGCCAGGGGGCAGGGCGGCGACCUGGGGAUCCUGGCUACACGCCUCUGCGAGACAGACUGGCAGCCCUGGGGAAACUGAAGACUGGCCCCGAGGGGCCUCAGGGCCCAGAAAAGAAUGGGGUGCCAGUCAGACCUGGCACUGAGAAGGCCCGGGGAGCAGGGAAGUCAGGGGAGAGCACUGGAGACACAGCACCCCCUGCUUCCAGGCCCCCUGAGCAGCCAGAAGCCAAGGGGGCCCUGCGGGGGGCAGUGGCCUUAGGCACAAGCAGCCUGAAGCAACAGGAAUCUGGGCUCCUGGGAGACCCCGGGGCCCGAGUCUACUCUUCCCACUCCAUGGGGGCCCGGGUGGACCUGGAGCCUGUCUCACCAAGGAGCUGCCUCACCAAAGUGGAGCUGGCCAAGAGCCGGCUGGCAGGGGCCCUGUGCCCCCAGGUACCCCGCACCCCUGCCAAAGUGCCAACCUCAGCCCCCAGCCUUGGCAAGCCCAAUAAGAGCCCCCACAGCAGCCCAACCAAGCUGCCUUCAAAGUCACCCACUAAGGUGGUGCCCCGACCUGUGGUCCCACCGGCCACCAAGGAGCCCCCCAAACCUGACAAGGGGAAGGGCCCACCCUGGGCAGACUGUGGCGGCACCGUGGCCCAGCCCAUGUCCCCAGCACCUGGCCCUGCCGACCCAGGCCCAGGCCCUGAGGGGCGGGCCCCACACUCGGCCAUUGAGGAGAAGGUGAUGAAGGGCAUCGAGGAGAAUAUGCUGCGGCUCCAGGGCCAGGAGCGGGCGCCCGGCACCGAGGCCAAGCAUCGGAACACCAGCAGCAUCGCCAGCUGGUUUGGCCUUAAGAAGAGCAAGCUGCCAGCAUUAAACCGCCGCACAGAGACCACCAAGGGCAAGGAAGGGGCCGGGGGCUCCCCGCUCCGGAAGGAGGUCAAGAUGGAAGCCCGGAAGCUGGAGGCUGAGAGUCUCAACAUCUCCAAGCUGAUGGCUAAGGCGGAAGACCUGCGCCGGGCGCUGGAGGAGGAAAAGGCCUACCUGAGCAGCAGGGCCCGGCCUCGGCCUGGGGGCCCAGCACCAGGGACCAGUGCAGGCCUGGGGCAGGGGCAGGGCCAGCUGGUUGGCAUGUACCAGGGUGCAGACACCUUCAUGCAGCAGCUUCUCAACAGGGUGGAUGGCAAGGAGCUGCCCCCCAAGAGCUGGCGGGAACCCAAACCUGAGUAUGGCGAUUUCCAGCCAGUGUCCUCUGACCCCAAGAACCCCUGGCCCGCCUGUGGGCCCCGAAAUGGCCUGGUGGGCCCUCUCCAGGGCUGCGGAAAACCUCCUGGGAAGCCAAGCAUCGAGCCAGGGAGGCGAGAAGAGAUGCCCUCCGAGGACAGUCUGGCCGAGCCAGUGACCACCUCACACUUCACAGCCUGUGGCUCUUUGACUCGAACCCUGGACAGUGGCAUUGGGACCUUCCCACCCCCAGACCACGGCAGCAGUGGGACCCCCAGCAAGAAUCUUCCGAAGACCAAGCCACCACGGCUGGAGCCCCCACCAGGGGUGCCCCCAGCUCGGCCCCCACCCCUUACCAAAGUCCCCCGCCGUGCCCACACACUGGAGCGUGAGGUGCCCGGCAUAGAGGAGCUGCUGGUGAGCGGGCGGCACCCCAGCAUGCCGGCCUUCCCUGCCCUGCUCACCGCUGCUCCAGGCCACCGGGGCCAUCAGACCUGUCCAGACGAUUCCUGCGAAGACCCAGGCCCACCCCCACCAGUCCAGCUGGCCAAGAACUGGACCUUUCCCAAUGCCAGGGCAGCCAGCGGUUCCUCUGACCCUUUCUUAUGCCCACCCCGACAACUGGAGGGCCUGCCCAGGACCCCCAUGGCCCUGCCCAUGGAUGGAAAGCGGAGCCUGGAGCCCAGCCGCCCUGCCCCUGCGCCCCAGGGCCCGGCGUUUGGGGGCAGCCGCACCCCCAGCACGUCGGACGUGGGCGAGGAAGGGAGAGUGGCCAGCGGGGGACCCCCGGGGCUGGAGACCUCUGAGUCUCUCAGCGACUCGCUCUACGACUCGCUGUCCUCUUGCGGGAGUCAGGGCUGAGUGGCAGCGGCAGCCACGCCCCGCGCUGGAGGCGGAGACCACGGAUUGGACGGCUCUCCUCAAGCCCCGCCCCGGGGCCCCGCCCUGAAGGGACCAAGGAGGCAGAUGAACCAGAAGGUGAAGGGGGUUCCCGGCACAGCCCACUGCCCGCCGCCGCCGCUGCUGUGGAGGAGAUGACCGCUCUCAGCUCAGGGAGAGACCCCACCCUUGGUCCUUUCUCUCACCCAGAGUACGGCUCUUCCUCUGAGGGACUGGGGGGUUCAAGGCCGCUGUGUCCCGGCCCCCACUCCCGCUUCAGGCUGAGCCAUCUUGUGGUGCUGGGCUUCCUGCCCACCGGUCGUGCCAUCUCCGCCCACCCUGGCGGCUCCCCUGCCUCAGCAGCCGCGUGCUGGUGGAGUUUAGGGGCGAGGGGUCACGUUGCCUUCUCUGUCUGCCCUGGUCCUCCCCGCUGUCUGGAUGGUGCUGCCCUCUCCUGCCCCGUAUCUUUGGGGCCCAUUUGUCUGUCUUCUUUUGUUGGUUGUUUUUAUAGAUAUAUAUAUAUAUUAAAGCGUCUGACCCAGCCCCCACCCUCCCAUCCCCACACUGCGGUUAAUUUAUCAGUUGUUAAAAACGCGGUUGCUCUGCUUCCAGCCUCUGCUUCUGCCGUAUCCCUAAUAAAACGUGGAGGACCCCCACCCCCACCCCGACCACAGACUCAGCUUGUUCUAUGGGAGGACUCAGGGAUGGAUAGGCCAGUAGAGACCUCGUGGGCUCCAGGGCGCAGGACUCCAGGGCUCUGCCUCGGGACCUCUUGUGAGACCGUUGAGUUUACCAGGGCUGCUGACUUGAGUCACUAAGGGUGGGGGAUCUGUUUAGACCUGGAAUGGUACCUAGCAGUGGGGAAAUUCCCCUGGCCCAGGGCUUUGUCAGGAGGAAGGCUGUGUUGCCCCUCAGAAAGGGAGGUGGAGAUGGUGGCUGUGGGCAUGCACUCAAACCCUGGACAUACCAGGUUGGGUGGGUAUAUAAACUAAGCUUCAGGGGCCCAGGGGUAAACAGAGGUAAGUGUCCACAGCCACCUGUGUCAUAAAGUGAGGCACGACUGGGCGUCUGACUUGCCGCCUUCUAGCCCCUCCUCAGCCUUUGCACUUGCCCCUAUUUCGCCCUCAGAUUUCAACCAGAAGUUCUCCUGCCUCUCAAAUUCUUCCUUUAAGAUGGGAAGGCCAGGAAUGAGGCUGUGUGGAAGGGUCUAGGCUUCUAGGAGUUAUUUCAGACUCUCCACAGGAUGUGAGAAGGCCAGGGGGUGGUUGUGGCCCUCCAGCCCUUGGAUUUCCUACUGCGCAUAGAGUUGGACCGUGACCUGAAGGUGACCCAGGUGGCCCCAGCCCAUCUCACAUUGGCCAGCCAGGCUGGGCCUCAGGAAGGCCUUUUCUACCCAGGUUGCAAGGUGUGGGAUGACUUGUUCAGAGCACCCACCUGCCGUAGUCAACACUCACUGCCUCCCCAUACCAUCUGUAGGCCACCUGGGCAUUGGGCAUGCUGAACAGCCUUGGCCUUGUGGGUGGAACUCUGGACAGUUCAUCAUGGAGGUAGGGGGCCAUAUAGUGAAUACACAGUCUGUGUUGGCACCCCAGGCUUGCCAGGCUUGCCAAGCCAAGGUCAGGAGUACCUGAACAGGGAGCAGUGCUGGGCCAAUUCACAGCUUAUUUCUACCACUGGAUGCUGCCAUGCACUCUGACCAGCCCAAGGAAGGCUGGGAGGGAGGGAGGAUGUCUGUGCCUCUCUUUAUACUAACUCCUUCCAGCAGUGUCUGUUCAGCCAUGAAUGGUCCAGAGAGCAGUGAAAGAACUCCCUGUUAAAUACCUACCAUAUUGCUAGCCUCCUGAUUUGUUUCACAGGGGAAGUUAUUAAGGCUCAAAUACAGUGAAUAGAUGAAUUCCCUGGUGGUCCAGUGGUUAAGACUCUGCGAUCCCAAUGCAGGGAGCACAGGUUCGAUCCUUGAUCAGGGAAAUAAGAUCCUGAAUGGCCUGUCCAAAAACAGACCAUUCAGUAGUUUUCCAAGGCUGAGAAGUGAUGGAUCUUGGCAGGAGUGAUUCCUUUUGGGUGUGUAACUUUGCUUUCUUCCGUCAGGACUUUAACCCCCUCCUCCCUUUUUAGUCUUGGAGCUCUCCUGAUGGGCAGAGCUGGAGGGCACUAGACUGGGAGUCAAGAGUCAGCCCUCAAGUCUGGUUCUGUGUGGAAUGUUACUUCUUGUCUCCAGGCCUUGGUUUUCCUUAUCUAUGGAAGAUUGGGAAGUUGGUUCAGACCAGCUUUCCUCUUAGCUUUCUGCUUUUCCCACCCAUCUCCCAAUCUGGCUGUUCUCCCUGCUGUUUCCCUUAGUGGAUGUCACCACUGAGGAAGUUAAAGCGACUUAGAGAAGCAUCAAGUCAGAUGUCUUUAUUUUCUUCAAAUGUCAGGAUCGCAUUUUCUUAUUUCCAUCUCUGACUUCCAGGUAUCCAUCCCACUCUCCCUUCUGCUUUUAUGGGCUUAAGGAUGUUAUUACCAAGCUGUUGAUCUCUACCUCUUGCCAGGCAGGCUCGGAGAAGUCUACAUCCUUCUCUACUUUUUAUUUCUUGGUUUCUUAAGCCCUUUUCUCUGUGUGAACCUGAUGGAUUACCUCAUUUCCUUGUUAGAAUUGUUCGCCUACAGGAUAUUUAUCCUAUUUCCUUUCUGAGAAGGAAUUUGGCAUGGUGGGUUUAAUUCUGGACUCCACCUCUGACAAGCUGAGAUCAAGGGUCCAUGCAGGUUUCUGUCACCAGAGUCUGCUCAUUCUGCUGCUGGGCUCUGUCCUGCAGUGUUUUCACAUGCAAGGUGAACUCUCGGGCCCGGGGACAAUGUGGGCCACCUGAGAAAAAGCUCACUGUCAGUCACCGGGACAGAGCAGCAUCAGCCACACCUAGUACCUGCAGCCAGCCCUUCCCUACCAGGCAGCUCCUCAUUCCUAAGUCCCCCAGUGUGCUGCUAAGGGCUGCCGGGCCCAGACAAGCCAUCUGUGGCCCACAUGACUGUGUAUGCCCUCCACACAGACAGAAUAUUCCAUCUGAAGUAAUUCUAUGGCAAGGGACACACAGUUGAGUUCGAGACUCUUCCAGGAAACAAAUUUCUCUUUGCCCUUGAAGAAAAGAUCUAUCUAAAAGACCACUUGAUCCUCACUAUGGCAGAAUACUUCAUAUCUUGAGUUUGUAACAUCUGCUUGCAGGAUUAAGAUGACCUCACUGUUUUCUCCGCGAACAAUGGGUGAACACUUGCCUUACCAUUGUAUAUGACCCUUUCUGCUGGAUUUCCCAAACAAAAGAAACCCAAACCACCAGACUCCUCUUGUCCCCCAUGAAUGGCAUCAGCAAAAAGCCAUGAAAAGACUCCAGAUUCCACCUUUCUGGGCACUCUGCUUCUUAUGAGAAAUGUCUCAAAACGUUAACUGAGAUUUUCUGUGGGUUGCCAAUGGUUUUUAUUUUCUUCUCUGCCCUUGUCUAGAUUUUCUACAAAUAGUAUGCUUUGUUUUCCUUAUCCAAAAAAAAAUUUAAUAAGAAACAACCAUUCUGUGCAACAAAUUCUAGGUAUAUAAUGCCAUUCUAUAGUCCUGAGUGAGUUAAUUCUAGCAUAUAAGUAAUUUUUUUUAAAGACAUGAAUUUAAAGUAAAUAUAGGUGAGUAUUUCUAUGAUCUUGAGGUAAGGAAAAUCUUUUUUAAAACCUUUUGUAAUCAUUAAAGACAUACAAAUUAGAAAAGUGCAUGUUCGGGAUUUCUCUGGUGGUCCAGUGGCUAAGAAUCCACCUUCCAAUGCAGGGGACAUGGGUUCAAUCCCUGGUCAGGGAACUAGGACCCCACAUGCUGCAGAGCAACUAAGACCACGCAUCUCAACUACUGAGCCUGCAGUCCCUCAACGAAAGAUCCUGCAUGCCACAACUAAGAUCCAUCACAGCCUAAUAAAAUACUUUUUUACGUGCAUGUUCAUGGUUUUAAAAAAUAAUUAAGGACUUCCCUGGCAAUCCAGUGGUUAAGACUCCAUGCUUCCACUGGAGGGGGUGUGAGAUUGAUCCCUGGUCAGGGAACUAAGAUCCUGCAUGCCAUAGGGUACAGCCAAAAAAAAUAAAAAUAAAUUUAAAAAAUCAAAAUUGAAUAGACUGUCAUGUAAGGAAGAGGAAGAGUCUCAUAUUCCAACUUCCAGUCUCACUGC